AUGCCUCGGGGUCAGAAGAGUAAGCUCCGCACCCGUGAGAAACACCGCCAGGCCCGAGAUGACUCCCAGAGUCACAGGGAAAUUCAGACCACUGCAGCAGCAGCAGAAGAGCCCCCCUCCUCCUCUUCUCCUGUUUUGGAGGGUAAUUCCCAGAGUUCAUCAGCUUUUGAGUCAGGUAGCACUUCCCAGGAGUCUUGGAUGACCUCAUCUACCAGCACUAAUUCUCCAGGUAUUUUUGGUAUAAUAUCUGAUGAAGGUGACAACAGCCAAGAUGAGGAACAUCCAUGUUCCUCCGUGAUGUUCUCCGAGGUCUCACCUUCUACUGAGAGCUCAUGCAGUGAUGUUCUAACUAUAAAGGCGGAUUUGUUGGCGCAGUACCUUCUGUACAAGUAUAAAAUAAAACAGCCCAGUAUGAAGGAAAACAUGCUGCGGAUUGUCAGCCCAAACUACGAACACCGAUUUGCUGAGAUUCUCAAGAGAGCUUCUGAGAGCAUUGAGGUUGUAUUUGCAGUAGAAGUGAAGGAAGUCGACUCAACCAGUCACUCAUAUGAUCUUGUCAGCAAACUGAAGCUCCCCAACAAUGGGAGGGUGCGAAGUGGCAUGGGGUUACCCAAGACCGGCCUCCUGAUGAAUAUCCUGGGUAUGAUAUUCUUAAAGGGCAAUCAUGUCACUGAGGAGGAAAUCUGGAAAUUCCUGAAUAUGAUGCGAGUAUAUGCUGGGAGGAAGCACUACAUCUAUGGGGAGCCCAGGAAGCUCAUCACCAAAGAUUUGGUGAGGCUGAAGUACCUGGAGUACCGGCAGGUGCCCGACACUGAUCCUCCACGCUAUGAAUUCCUGUGGGGCCAAAAAGCCUACGCUGAAACCAGCAAGAUGAAAGUCCUGGAAUUCUUGGCAAAAAUCAAUGAUACCGUCCCCAGUGCCUUCCCAUUACCAUACAAAGAAGCUUUGCAAGAUGAGGAAGAGAGAGCACGAGCCAGAGUCACAGGCAGGCAUGGCACUACUGGCCAUUGCCGGGUAUGCUCCAGGGCCAUGUCUAGCAGCUUCUCCCAUCCCUAUUGA